AUGGCUUCCUCAGCUAUCUCACUCAUAGCUCGAAAACAAAAUUUUAGCGCUUCAGAAAUUGCCGUUUUGACGGAAAAAGUCGAAGGAAACCUUUCGCUGAUACAAAGCAAGUUUAUCAACAGCGUCACCAAUCAGAAAAAAAAUGAAAUGUGGAAAAAAAUCGCCGAUGCUGUAAACGCUAUUUGUGUGGCAAUGCGGACAACAGCCGAAGUUCGCGAGAAGUGGCGAAACUUGCAGUCGCAGGCAAAGAAAGAAUUUAGUGAAAUGGCAAAGGAGCAUAAGAAAACUGGUGGAGGGCAAGCUCCGAAGAUACCGUUGGCAUUAACAGCCAAAGUUAUUGACAUUUUUAAGGAAAGACCUUCUUUCAUCGGCCUCGAGGGUUUCGAGUCCACAGGCCCUGAAGCAAACCUACCCACUGAGGCAGCUGAACAAGUAGCAACCAAGUCACAGAUCAUCUGGUGGUUGCUACUUGUUCAGCUGCCUCAGCACAGUGGAGGUUAACAACAGUUUGCUUGAACAAUUGCAGGAAGCUGUACAGGAUGGACCGAAACCUCAAGUCAAAGUGGUUAAUGUUCAAAAAGCAGAAAAUCAAAGCAAAAAAAAUAAGAGAAAGAUUACCCAAGAAGACAUUCUUGAGAAG